AUGGCACCUAGAUCUAUUAACCUCGGCAGCGGAUCCAUAUUUCAGGAAUCUGCGCUUGGAUGGCUAGUUGGCGGAUUAGCCUCUUUGCAAGCUCCUCGGCAGGUUACCGUGGCGAUUGUUACAGCCAACCCGAAUACAAUAAAGAUGCCAAAAGUCGAAUCGAUACCAGAGGCCAAUGACAACGGUGAGAACCUAGAAGUUCUAUUCAGGAAAUUUUGGACGCUGGAAGAGGUGACUUCUGCGGAAGCGAAGCCCUGCCACAGCGUGAAUAUUUGCGAAGACCAUUUUAGAAAAAAUACAACCAUAGGGCCAGAUGGAAAAUUUGUAGUACGCUUACCCCUAAAGCGCGAGGCUCAGUUAUUGGGCAAUUCUUUCGAACAGGCGAAAGGGCGACUGCUUUCGCUGGAGAAGCGCCUAGCCUAUCACCCAGAAAUUUACGAGCAAUAUCGAGCAUUUCUUGCGGAAUAUCUCUCGAUGAACCACAUGGAAGCUGUCCACCCUAGAGACACUUCCCGAAUCGGGUACUACAUACCACAUUCCUGUGUGAUUAAGCCAGAUUCAACCUCAACCAAGUUGCGGGUAGUUUUUGAUGCUAGCGCAAAAACGUCAACACAAUUAUCACUUAAUGAUAUCCAACACAGUGGCCCCGUGAUUCGGCGUGAAUUAUUUGAUUUGCUGUUGGAUUUCCAAAGCCACGACAAGGUGGUCACCGCUGACAUAGCAAAGAUGUAUCGUCAGGUGAACAUUCACGAGGAGGACUCGUGGUUGCAAUGCAUCCUUUGGCGGGAAUCACCGUCUGAGGAAAUUCAAGCAUACCGGUUGAAAACGGUAACAUACAGGGAAGCGGUAUCAUCAUUCCUAGCAUGCCGAGCACUUCACGAGGUCGGACAGGAAAUUCGACCUGAACAGUCUGAAAUUGCAGACACCAUUCAGCAAUGUUUCUACGUGGACAAUCUUGUGAUGGGGGAAGAUUCUACAAUCCACUUACUGGAAAAACGAAAAGCUGUAGAAUCAGCCUUGAUGAAGCGAGGUUUUCCUCUGCGAAAGUGGGCAUCCAAUGAUGUCAACAUUCUCGCCGACGUGUCGAACCAGGAUCUAGAGAAGGAAAUACGAAUCGGAGAUCAUGACAUCAUAAAAACCCUGGGCGUUGCUUGGUCGCCAAAGGACGACACAUUCCGCUGCAUCGCGGAUAAUCAGGUAAAUACAAUAGAAAGCAUGACGAAACGGCAACUAGCCUCAGAGAUAUUGAGGCUGUACGAUCCAUUAGGCAUCAUGCAACCGAUAAUCAUCACCACUAGAAUACUUCUCCAAGGACUUUGGAAAGUGAAAUUAAAAUGGGACGACAAGAUUCCUUCUGAAUCACUACAUGAAUGGCUGCAGCUUAAGAAAACGUCUGACUUGGAGUUACCACGCCAAGUAAUUCCUAGUAAUCGAGUCCACUUGGAACUGCACGGGUUUUCCGAUGCAUCCAACCUGGCCUAUGGGUGUGCGAUCUAUGCUUACGCCCAGGAUGAGCAAGGAAAAGAAUCCAUGAAUUUAUUGUGUACAAAAUCGCGCGUGGCUCCACUGAAGGACGUCACACUUCCACGGAAAGAGCUCUUAGGCGCGAAACUGCUAGCAGAGCUGAUGACCCGAAUCAGCAAAAUUGUACCAUCUCGUGCCACAAACACUUGCUUCUGA